AACGUAAUCACAAGUCGUUUCAAUCAACUACGCAUGUCCAUUUCGAAGUGUUUGUUUACGUGUGUUGUGUUUGCUUGCGACUGCUUUCCUAGGCUUGUGCGUAAUAUUGUUUUGCUAUUUAAACCCAAUUCGGCCGGAAUGGCAGCUGCAGCCCCGAACCCGGAGGAUUCGAACAGAAGCAGUGGGACCAGCCCAGCCACUGCAAUCACUGGGGAUGGGGAUUCAGAGGAGGCCGAGGAAUUCACAUCUUCAACCCACUGUUCAGAGCUUUCUCGUCGGCAGAAUGAGCAAAGGAAAGCCGGAUUGUUCUGUGAUGUGACGUUGGCCUUUAGCAGCGGGGCAGACAGCGAGAGGGUACAAAGUUGCGAGUUCACGGCUCACCGUUCGGUGCUGGCUGCUUCUACUGACUAUUUCACCCCGUUACUCGGAGGGCACUUUUCUGAGUCUCUGUCUGGGCGGGUGGAUAUGAAAGAGUGGAGCUCUGAAACUGGUCCCGACGCAGAAACAGUGGAAAGCGUCAUUCAGUUCAUGUACACUGGUGAAAUACGAGUGAGCACUGCGAACGUUCACGAAGUACUGGAACUAGCUGACAGGUUCCUGCUGGUGCAGCUCAAAGACUUUUGCGGCGAGUUCCUGAAGAAGAAGCUGAGCCUGGCCAACUGUGUGGCAGUGCACAGCCUGGCCCACAUGUACACCCUGGACCAACUGGCGCUGCGGGCCGCUGACAUGAUCCGACGCAACUUCCACAAGGUCAUCCAGGACGAGGAGUUCUACACGCUCCCCUUCCACCUGGUGCGAGACUGGCUGUCCGACGCAGAGAUCACAGUCGACUCGGAGGAGGUGCUCUUCGACGCCAUCGUCAAAUGGGUACAGCGGAAUGCAGAGGAGCGAGAGAAGUACUUCGAGGAGCUUUUCCGGCUCCUCCGGCUCCCCCAGAUCAUGCCAACUUGUCUGACCCGGGUGGUCAAGAAGGAGCCACUUGUAGUCAACAACGCUGCCUGUCUGCAGCUGGUGUCCGAAGCCGUUGAGGGCCACGCCAUUCGUUUUGAAAACCUCAAGUCUGCCGACCUGGAGUUCUGGGCAUCGUACAUGGCAGCAUUCCAGCCUCGGUUCGGACAGAACAUGGAUGUGAUCAUGGUGGUGGGCGGGGUGUCGGAGGGCGGCGACUACCUGAGCGAGUGUGUGGGCUACUUUGUGUACGAGGACCGCUGGGUCAACCUGCCCCACAUCCACAACCACCUGGACGGCCACGCCAUCGCCGCCACCGACACCCACGUCUACGUGGCGGGCUCCAUGGAACCGGGCUUCGCCAAGACCGUGGAGCGCUACAACCCCAACCGCAACACCUGGGAGCAGGUGAGCAACCUGACCACGCGGAAGCACUCCUUCGGCCUCACCUGCAUCAAGAACAUCCUGUACAGCAUCGGCGGCCACGGCAACUUCAGCCCGGGCUUCAAGGACGUGAGCGUGUACGAGCCGGAGCAGGACAAGUGGCACAACCUGGAGUCGGCCCCCAAGAUCCUGCGCGACGUGAAGGCGGUGAGCGUGGAGGACCGCUACGUGUACGUGACGGCGCGGACGCCAGUGGACACGGACAACGAGGACGGGCUGAAGACGGUGACCACGCGCUACGACACGGAGAGCCGCCUGUGGCAGGAGGUCGACUCCCUGCCGCUCAUCGACAACUACUGCGUGUUCCAGAUGGCCGUGGCCUCCACCAACUUCUACCACACGGCGUCCUGCUGCCCGAAGAGCUACGCCGUCCCGGACGAGGUGGCCAAGCAGAAGAUCGGCGCCCGCGUCCCCGACGACAUCCUGGAGAGCCUGCCGCCGGAGGUCACCAGCAUCGAGGGCGCCGCCAUCUGCUACCUGGGCGACGACGUGUUCGUCAUUGGCGGCUGGAAGAACAGCGACGACGUGGAGAAGCAGUACCGCAAGGAGGCCUACCGCUACUGCGCCGAGCGGAAGCGCUGGAUGCUCCUGCCGCCCAUGCCCCAGCCGCGCUGCCGCGCCACCGCGUGCCACAUACGCAUCCCCUACCGCUUCCUGUACGGCUGCCAGCGUUACCCCAUGCCCCAGAACCUGGCCCGCCAGAGGGACCGCAUGCAGCAGAUGCAGCAGCUCCACCGGCGCACCCUAACACUGCGCAGGCAGCUGCAGUCCCAGAUUGAGUGCUGAGCGCCGUUCCGUCCUGAACCAAGCGCCAUUGCCCACACGGUGUCUCUGUUCACGUUCACUGUUUAUUGGCAUCCCUCCCACCCGAUCUCGCCUAGUUUGUUGAUAUUGCCUCGCAUCCUUGGUUUCUUUCAAGUUUUCGACGUUAAGGGGACUGACCAGAUCAGGUUUGGGAAGUGAGUGAAACAGACGACGAACAGUCUAUGAGAGAUGUGACAAUGUCCAUAGAACGGAAUGAUGACCGAAUGGUACUUCAUGUGAGAAUGACAUGAUAUUUAUGUGAUAUGUCUAAUACCAUAGCUACCAGAAUAUGAACUGCUUUUGGCCUUAUUUAAAUAUGCCUUAUCCUAAUCCUCUGUAAAAGUAAUCUUUAGAGAAGUGUUUCCAUGUGGAUGCACAUUUUGGUUUUGUCCAAGCAGCUGUUUUAAAGAAUCGACCUAUGAUGACAAAUGUUUUAUUUGAAUCAACUAUAUAAGGCUAGGCAAACCAAAAUGUGCAUGGUUUCGGCAAGGGCAUUCUUGGACAACCGCAGGUUAUGUAGGAUUUUGAUUUAAUCCUUAAAUUGAGUUUAGUCAAUCCUAACUGACCAACUGAGCUAGUUGUCCACUGGUGCCUUAGGGACCCCAGGACCAACUUUGGGAAACACAACUCUAUAGUCUCAGUGCUGAAAUGCUCUUGCCUAUUUGUGCUAUGUCAGCUUGUUUGUGCUAUGAUGCCUAGUUCCUGUCACUCAGUGUCAUGCCAACGGCAUCAACAGAGUUGGCAGUAGCACAAACUGAUCUUGGACCAGGCCAACAAUCCUCGAUUUCGGCUUGUAUUUCGGCUUGUGAAUCAAAAAGGUUGAGUUCCUUCCCGACAUCAUUGCAGACGCAUUCCAGGUUCGAUGUACAUAUAUGCACAGUGGCCAAUUCAUUAAGUAUACCAAUCUGGUGUCGGACCCCCUUUUGCCUCCAAAACAUUCUCCAUUCUUUGCAGCAUGGUUUCAACAUGGUGCUGGAAUCAUUCCUUUUGGGAUUUUGGUCCAUGUUGACACAGUCACUUCAGAUUUUUCAGCCACAAACUUAAUGCAAACUUACCAUUCCACCAAAGGUGCUCAAUUGGAUUCAGAUCUGUUGACAAAACCUCAACCCUGGUUGCAGACUGUAUUUAUUGAGACGCAGAUUCGAUGUUUGCGUUAAUAAGUCGAUGUAACUAAUAAAAUGUCAUGAGUGUGCGUAUGUAUAGAUAUAUGCUAUAUAUGUAUAUAUAUUGUAUAUGACCAUGUACCUUUAUGUACUGGGCUGGCUUCAGUGAGAAAAUUACAUUGGUUUGUAGCUUAAGCCCAAACUUUGCUAUAAUGUGAAUUUGUUGAGUACUUUGUAUAUACUUGCUAUUCUUUUGGCUUAAAGGCUACUGUUUUUGCUUGCUUCAUUACAAUCUUUGGCCUCUUUCCUUAAAGGCUUUGUUUUGCACUACAUUAUGUCUUAUGAUAGUUCAAUAUGUUGUGUAUUUUGAAUGUUGGAAAGGGACGUAUAACACGUAAGACUGGUUGAUAUUGUAUAAAUAUGCACGGUUGGAGUGUAGAAAAUAAGUUCCUCUGAUUUGGGGGAUCUCAAAUCAAUUUUGAACUCCUAAUGCAGAGGUGUCAAACCGGUUCCACGGAGGGCCGAGUGUCUGCAGGUUUUUGCUCUCUCCUUGUACUUGAUUGG